AUGACUAUUCAAGAAGUACAUAAGGAGUGGGUUAAUUUCAAGACCACUUUUAUGGAGAAAUAUUUUCCUAGUUCCCAGAGGACUAAAGAGGAAUUGGAAUUUCAACAGUUAAGGCAGGAGAAUAUGUCGCUGGCUACUUAUACUGAGAAGUUUGGAAUUCUGGCUGCUUAUUCUAGGCACGCCGGGGGCCAGCUGGUUGACCCCGAUGUUGUUGUCACCGAUUAUGAUGCCAUCCAUCUAGCUGUUGAGUUGUUUGGUGUUUCACUGAGUGAUGCAACUGAGGAGGCUUCUGCUGUAAGGGGUCCUUAUUAUAAAUUAGAUUGGUUGAAGCAAGUUUUUGAGCAACAAAGAGGGGCGAAUAACUUUACAGGCGCUAUGAGAGCAUACAUGAUGUUGCAAUUAGGUUGUACCAUUCUUGCCGACAAGCCGUUUACUCUUGUCGAGGCAAAAUAUCUUCCACUUUUGAGAGAUUUGAAUAAUUGUGGAAGCUAUUGCUGGGGGGCAGCUGCACUGGUUACUCUGUAUAGAUACUUAGGGGAUGCCUCAUUUUAUUCAUGCAAGCAGCUUGGCGGUUAUGCCUCUCUUCUUCAGUGUUGGAUUCAUGAGUACUUUCCAACUGUUGGAAAGAGAGGUACUUCUGGGUUAUUUGGCAUUGAUAGUCCGAUGGCUAGGGCGAUGAAAUGGGAGUAUAGGCAGGGGACGCAAAAAGUGGCUGACAUCCGAGCUAUGUUAGAUCAGUUGACUCCUCACGAUAUUGCCUGGCGCCCUUUUGAGGAUCAUCGGGUGCACCGUCCUUUUGAUGAUAUCUGUUUGUAUCGGGGUGGUUUGAAGUGGUUUGGUACUGUAGUUCUAUAUUUACCUGACAGAUGCUUGCGUCAGUUUGGAUACAGACAGUACAUACCGACUGCUCCUCCUAAUGUAGACACACUUGAUGUGGAUGUUGAGUGGGCUACAUAUAGGCAGAGUGUGUUGCAGGUGACCCGAGCCCACGAUGAUCCCCCAGCUGUGUUUGCCACCAUACCAUAUGAGACAGACGAUGAUUAUUUGGCGUGGUAUUAUACGGUGUCACAUCCUAUAUUGAGAGCACCAAGAGGUGAUCAGCCGAUGGAGGUACCAGUGCCUGUCUAUGAUGAAGGACCGUCAGACCCGAGAUUAUCAUAUAUAUCUCAUGAGCUUCAUCAUUACUUACAGCGUCAUCAGGCUGUUCCUGAAGACGAACAGUUUUUGGAGAUAUUUAGAGCACUCAGACUUGCACAGGGCGGACCAUUACCUAGGGAAGGUCCAAUUACUUAUGACCAUGAGUCUGAUUGAUGUCACAUUAUAUAUUUAUAUUUAUGUUUUAGUU